AUGGAGAUUCUAGUCCGAUUUUCCCACAGUUUAAACAAGGAUUUCAUCACGUACAAGAUCAAGAAGGGAGUUACUUCCGUUUAUACUUUGUGUCCUUAUGUAACAUUUUUGUCGCAAGGGCACAACAUAAUAACUCCACUCGGUGAACACCGAGUGGAUGCAGAGCCAAGAGGUGAUUCUGUAGAUGAAACACUCCAUUUCUGCUACUCGUACAUACUUAGCUUCUCCAGCUCAAUCCAGCGGAAUAUCCACAUCCCCAUCGGCGAUCUCCUGCUGCAAAUCCUUGGGGUCCUUUCCGUCGACAGUGCACCCGACGGACACGCACGUGCCGAGGAUCUCCUUGACGGUGCCGGACAGAUCCUUGGCCAUCGAUCGCGGCCUCAUGACCUUGGCGAUCUCGAUUACAGCGGCUGCGGAGGGGACGACGGUGACCUUGGCCUGACGGUUCUGAACAGUGAGCUUGACGGUGACGCGGAGGCCUUUCCAAUCCUUGGCCGUCUCCUUGGCGAUGUCCUCACCGAUCUUCUUCGGGGAGAGACCGAGAGGACCGAUCUUGGGGGCGAGAGAGCUGGCAGCGCCGACCUCUCCUCCGGUGACCCUGACGAAAACGUCGACGACCUGAGAGGGAUCGAACUUCGGCGGCAUGCCGACUGCUGGAGCAGCAUGCGUACGCUGGAGGAACUAAGUCUCUACACUGGCUCGCUGGGCGACGGUCAAGACAGCACGCGUUUAGCGCAUGCACACCGUCGUUCGCUCGGCUGA